CAUAAGUGCUACACGAUUAACAAAGUUUGACCACUGAGGCCUCUAACAAACUGUUGGGUUCGUGCUUAGAUACCUGUUAAUGACCUCGAGAAGCCUAUAUCUUUGUGCGCAAUCAUCUCUAAUUCAUUGAUCAACUUCUGCAAGCAUUACCUUAUAUCUUAUAGCCACUUUCCCGCUCCGUAUUCUAAAAGAUGCCUAGUGCACCGAAGCAGCGCAAAAUAGCUAUUGUUGGCAGUCGCUCUGUGGGUAAAUCUUCUCUUACAGUUCGAUUUGUUGAACAUCAUUUUGUAGAAAGCUACUAUCCAACGAUCGAAAACACUUUCAGUCGAAUCAUCAAAUACAACGGCCAAGAUUAUGCCACUGAAAUCGUUGACACAGCUGGUCAGGACGAGUACAGUAUAUUGAACUCCAAGCAUUUCAUCGGAAUACAUGGGUAUAUUAUUGUCUACUCGGUGGCUUCACGCCAGUCGUUCGACAUGGUGAGGGUCAUACGUGACAAGAUUCUGAACCAUCUUGGUGCCGAUCAUGUACCCCUUGUGCUUGUCGGAAAUAAAAGCGAUCUCAAAUCUGAGCAACGCCAGGUGUCUCUAGAUGAAGGCCGGCAGCUUUGUGAAGAAUUCCAUUGUGCAUUUACUGAGGCUAGUGCUCGUCUCGACUAUAAUGUUGCGAAAGCGUUUGACUUAAUGAUCGGGGAAAUCGAAAAGUCGCAAAACCCAUCACAGCCGGCAGGAGGCAACAAAUGCGCUGUAAUGUGAUAAGGCUUAUGAUGUAGCAGGUUAGGUAUCUAGCCUGGUUGGCCUAGAGAAUGGCUACGUCUCGUUUGGAUAUCAUUUUUCUUUUUCGGAGAGGCAACAUAGCUGUUGAUUAGCCUAGGUUGUUGUAUUUCUGGGAGACGUUUUUUGCAGCUCUUCACUGGUGCAGCUGUGAUAUUUCGGCACUCGAUUUCCCAAUUACUGUCUUUGUUACAUAAUCUAAUAAAUACACAGUAGCUUAGCUUUCAAGACAUGAGAGAUGUGAUGGUAUCGAUUCCUAUAACAAAGGAAGGUGUUAGAGGGCAGAUUAUAG